GUAUCUAAAAAAAUAAGUACUAGUAACGUUAAAUUAGAUACUAGUGCAGUUUAUAGAUUAAAUGUUACAACGGCUUGCCAUACUUCGUCAGAAGUCAUGACACCACACCACCAGCACCACCUGAACAAGUUUUUCAAGUUCCUUUCAUGAGUUUACUGUUCAUAUUCGUAUUUCUCGUGAUGUCUAUAGGCAUUUUUUCCAUUUAAUCUGUUUCUGACCAGUUUCUGAGGCUGAAUGUAGAACUACUUUUCUAUUUUAAUGUUUUCUUGUUACAUUCAUCAUAAUAUUAUUUGCUUACACUCUUUCUGACGCCCUUCCCCCCACAUAGUUACAGGAAGUUUUUUGUAAAGAAAGUGAAAGCAAAGAUAGCUCUACGUGCAGGUGCUUCUUCACAUAAUGUCUGAAACAGCUUUGUUUUUCAAUUACAACAGAUAAAUAAUGUUUUGCGUGAUUUUGCAUUUCAACUUGCACUUACAUAAAUGCAUGUUUGUGGCAGCAUUAUUUAUGAUCUGUGAAGGGUUCUUAGUGAAAGGUCCUUCUGGUCCUCUGAUUGUUCCUCUGGGAUCUUCGGUGGUUUUGCCCUGUUAUGUUGAUGAUCCCUUACCUUUGAAAGGACUGAAGGUGAUUUGGGUACGAACCGAUGCCAAUACUUUAGUGCAUGUGUUCCAAGAUUAUGAGAGUCGACCAGAUGCUCAGUAUCAGGAUUAUCAUGAUAGAGCUCAUUUCUUCACUGAUAAAAUUAAACAUGGAAACUUCUCCCUCCGUCUGGAAAAUGUGAGAGCUGAAGAUAAGGGUUUCUACAGAUGUAAGGUUUACACCGAGCAGGAAUCUGAUGAAACUCUCAUUCAAAUUAAGUCAGUUGAGCAUCUGAUGGUAUCAGGUUCCAAUCAUCCUGUAUCUGCUUAUGUGGGUGAGGACAUCACUCUGAACUGCUUUGCAGACUCUCAUAUCCCACCUGAAGAGAUUGAUGAAGUUUCAUGGAGGAAAACAGAUAAAAAUGAAAUCAUCCAGGUUCUGGUCUUUGAAAAGAAUAAAAUAAUUCCUGCAGAUGAGCGAUACAGACACAGAGUUGAUUUCUUCACUGCUGAAAUCCCCAAAGGAAACUUCUCUCUCAGACUGAAGAGUGUCAGAACUGAGGAUAAAGGAGUUUACAUGUGUCAAGUGUUUGCUGGAAAUUUUUAA